CAACAUCCUCACCCAGCGGCCAUUGGCCGCACAAGCUGCCGUUUGGCGGCUUGUCCGCAUCUCCUCCUGCAAGGAAGGUUUUGAAAGUUGGGCGGGUGGCAGCCUUGAUGACAGAAUGGUUGAAGAUAGUGGAGUCUCUAACUCAAGCAUUGAGUUUUGGCUGAACAAGACUCUUGAGUGGGAUCAGAUCACCACUUUAGAAUCUCAGCAAGAUGUCUGCCUUCACUUGCCUGAAUUACAGGAAUUUCUCCUGCAGAUUUAUGGAGCUUUGAAACAUAUGAACUCGACAACUGCAGUCCAAAAAUUUCCAUUAAUUGGUCAGUUAUUGGGAAGACUCUGUUGGAAUCCUUUUGUCAUUGGAUAUGAUGAAUGCCAGAAGAUUCUGAUGUGCUGCUUAUGUUGUCUGUACAGUGGUGAACCACAGAACCCUCUGGAAUUGAAGGCCAACAGCUGGAUACAAAACUCAUUGUGCCAUCUGCUGUCGUUUUGUGGACUGGGAAAUCAUGGUACUGAUAUUAAUAAGUUUAUUUCAACUCUUGGCUUCACCUCAGUAGAUUACUACUCUAAAGUCAUUGAAAAUAUAGUCUCAUCGUUAGUAAUGGAACUCAGCAGAACCCAAGUUAAUGGAUUUAACGGUCAACAAAC